UAUGGUGCCAACUGAAAGAAAUGUGAGUGUGGAGAUUAUCUUCGCCCUUUUGGGCUUCACAGACUACCCUGAGCUUCAGAUCCCCCUAUUCCUGGUCUUUCUCUUUAUGUAUAUCAUCACUGUGGUGGGAAACCUUGGGAUGAUAGUGCUUAUUAAUAUUGACCCCAAGUUGCACACUCCCAUGUACUUCUUCCUCAGCCACCUUUCUUUUGUUGAUUUCUGCUACUCAACCAUCAUCACUCCCAAGCUGCUUGAGAACUUGGUCCUGGCUGAUAAAACUAUCCUCUACUUCAGCUGUAUGUUGCAGUACUUCUUGUCCUGUGUGGCUGUUGUGACUGAGUCCUACUUGCUGGCAGUGAUGGCCUAUGAUCGCUUUGUGGCUAUCUGUAAUCCCUUGCUGUAUACUGUGGCCAUGUCACAGAGGCUGUGCAUCCUGCUCGUAACCGGAUCAUAUCUCUGGGGCACAUUUGCCACCUUGAUUCUCCUCUGCUAUGCUCUCCAGCUCAAGUUUUCAGGAUUUAAUGUCAUCAAUCACUUUUUCUGUGAAUACACUGCCCUCAUUGCUGUCUCUUGUUCUGAUAUACACAUCCCCAGCCUGCUACUCUUUUGUUUUGCAACCUUCAAUGAAGUAAGUACACUACUGAUCAUUCUCACAUCUUACAUGUUCAUUUUUGUGACGGUAUUAAAAAUCAAAUCUACUAGUGGACGUCGCAAAGCCUUCUCUACCUGUGCCUCCCACCUGACUGCCAUCACCAUAUUUCAUGGAACCAUACUUUCCCUGUAUUGUAUACCCAACUCCAAAAACUCCCGGCAGGUGGUCAAAGUGGCAUCUAUCUUUUACACAGUUGUCAACCCCAUGCUCAACCCUCUAAUCUACAGCCUGAGAAACAAGGAUGUGAAGGAGGCUGUCCAGAAAUUAGUGGGCACAAAGGUCCCACUUCCCUGAAUCCUCUUAAGGUGUGUUCAAUAAUAAUAUAAAAUUAGAACAAUGGCUGUUUCUAGCUUCUAUG